AUGGUGCAGUCUGGCGUGGGUUCCAUUCCCUACGGCGGACCAAACCCACGGCGGACCAAACCCAAACCCACGGCGGACCAAACCCAAACCCAGGGCGGACCAAACCCACGGCGGACCAAACCCAAACCCAGGGCGGACCAAACCCACGGCGGACCAAACCCACGGCGGACCAAACCCAUGGCGGACCAAACCCAAACCCACGGCGGACCAAACCCACGGCGGACCAAACCCAAACCCACGGCGGACCAAACCCAGGGCGGACCAAACCCAGGGCGGACCAAACCCACGGCGGACCAAACCCACGGCGGACCAAACCCAAACCCACAGCGGACCAAACCCAGGGCGGACCAAACCCACGAUGGACCAAACCCAGGGCGGACCAAACCCACGGCGGACCAAACCCAAACCCAGGGCGGACCAAACCCACGGCGGACCAAACCCACGGCGGACCAAACCCAUGGCGGACCAAACCCAAACCCACGGCGGACCAAACCCACGGCGGACCAAACCCAAACCCACGGCGGACCAAACCCAGGGCGGACCAAACCCAGGGCGGACCAAACCCACGGCGGACCAAACCCACGGCGGACCAAACCCAAACCCACAGCGGACCAAACCCAGGGCGGACCAAACCCACGAUGGACCAAACCCAGGGCGGACCAAACCCACGGCGGACCAAACCCACGGCAGACCAAACCCAAACCCACGGCGGACCAAACCCACGGUGGACCA